AUGUCUUCGGACCCCCUGGAAGGCUCUCAAGGAGCUAAAUCCAACAGACCCAAAUGCCAUGCAGCAUAUAGACCAUCAAAUAGAUCAAUCCCUGACUUAAUCAAUGACCCAGCUAACAAAUCCACCAUUAUAGACAAACAAUCAGCAAGAGCAGAACUAGAAACAAGGCUAUUUAUCACUCCAGCAGCAGAAAUUAACAUAGAUACACUGGCUACAGCGCUUCUCAAUUUUACAGUCCAAGCUCACUCACUAACUUCUAUGCACAUAGAUAUCAUGCGAGCAAUUGCUAUCCUCAUGCUCAAAACUGACCAAGAAAGAAAAGCUCAAAUCAUUGCAGACUUGGUCAACAAUCUCAUUCAUAAAUCCAUGGCAUGUUUAGAAGAAAUCAUAGAAAAUCAAGCAAACAAGGACACCCAAUCGACUACAGCAAGAAUGGAGGAAACAAUGAACAAUAUCAGCAGCAAACUAGAAGAAGUCAAAACUACAGUUGAGAACCUCUCUCCCUCUCUCAGAUUAUUGCAAGAUGGACUCACAAACACACAGAACAUCGACACUCAUUUCGACAAGUUUCAACAAAACAUGACCACAAUCACAUCAAGAAUCAAUCAACUCAAUCAACAAGGAAGCUACAGAGCAGUGCUUCUCUCAGGAACCAGGAGCGGAGAAGAUACCAACUCCCGAGAAGUCCAAAGACUGGCACACAAUGCAAUCAAAGCCUGUCAAAUACUAAUCAAUAUUAACCCAGAUAGUGCACUAGCUCCAGGUAAAGUAUUGCACGAACAACUAGUAACAAAAAUCAAAGAAGCCCUUAAGACCAUCAGCAACCCAGACACCCCGGAUCUCGACAUAUGUGCAGUGAACCAAUACUGCAAUGGAAAUACCAUCAUCCAAAUGUUCAAUGAAGACACAGCCAAAUACCUCAAGCAACAAACAAUAAAGGAAAGCUUCAUUAAUACAUUAGACCCAUCAGCAACCAUGAAAGAUUGCUCAUACCCAGUCAUAAUUCAAUUCAUUCCACUAACAUUCAAUCCCAGUGAUCAAGACCAAAUCCAGCAACUAGAACAAGAGAACAGCUGGGAGACCAACUCAAUCAUGACAGCAAGAUAG